AUGCGAAAGGUAGAGGCUGAAGAAACUACGUUGUUGCGGCCCAGGGAGCAUACAAUCGAUUUUCCUACAGGCUCAAAAAAGUUUUUUAUUUUAGUUUCACUUUACGCUGGUGUGCUGCUUGCUGCACUAGAUGGUACAAUCGUUGCGUCUCUCCUGUCCCACAUAGCAUCAGACCUUGGAAAUCUCUCAUUCGCUCCAUGGAUUGCCAGCUCCUAUAUGGCGCUAAGCACAGCAUUUCAGCCGCUUUUCGGUAAACUUAGCGACAUUUUUGGCAGAAAGUGUUGUCUUAUAGCAUGCCAUACUCUAUUUGCAAUCGGAAGUUUGGUGUCGGGGGUUUCUUACAGAAUGAGCACUCUAAUCGCUGGUAGGUGCAUUCAAGGAAUUGGUGGUGGUGGAUUGAUAGCGCUGAGUAGUAUUGUUGUCAGUGACCUGAUUCCCUUACGUGAGCGCGGUAUAUACCAGGGGCUAAGCAAUAUAUCGUUUGGAAUUGGCGCAUCCCUGGGUGGGAGUAUUGGUGGCAUUGUCAGUGAUCGAUUUGGUUGGAGAUAUGCAUUCCUAGGCCAAGUGGCCCUCUCCUUCAUAGCUAUGUGUCUUGUAUAUUUGAAACUAGAGGAAACAAAUGUGAAUGAGGCAGGGUCCACACGAUCUCAGCUGCGCAAUGUUGACUUCCAUGGCAGUUUUUCAUUGCUUGGAUCUUUCAUGCUAUUCUUCCUGGCGCUAAAUCUCGGAGGCACGUACGUUCCAUGGAGAAGCUGGCAGAUUGGAUGUCUAUCCUUUUCAUUUUUGAUUCUUUUCCUAUGCUUUUUGAGAGCUGAAAAGAGAGAUCCAGAAAAGGCUAUCGUUCCAUUGCAUUUGUUCGAAAACAGCACUGUCUGUUUGUCCUCCAUCAUCUGUCUGCUUGCCUCAAUGGCUGCCUACUCAUAUAUUUACCAUCUACCUGUCUACACAGAAAUUGUUCUCGGGAAAAGUGCUGCUGCCUCGGGGUUGCUUCUUGCAAUAAACUUCAUUGGAGUCAUGCUUGGCUCACUUGGCUCCGGUUUUAUCAUGAGAACCACAGAAAAUUAUAAGACUCUGUUGAUACUUGGGGGCGCGGUCUAUAUUGUCACUUGUGGAAGAUUAUACACCUUCGAUUUGAAUACUUCAGAACAGAAGCAAUUGAUAACAGUGUGCUGUUUAGGUUUGGGAUACUCAUGUACUAUCACAGUAGCAUUAGUGGCAAUAAUGUCAUCUGUGUCGCAUGAGACCCAGGCAAUUAGCAGUUCUGUUUUUUACGCAUCUCGUGGAUUUGGAUCAACACUAGGGGUAGCAGUAUCUUCUUCGAUAUUUGCAAACUCGUUGCGUUAUUUUCUCAACCGAUACAUCAGUGGACCAGAGAGGGAAAGAAUAAUAGAGAUGGCUUUGUCAUCUUCAGAUGCAGUCAAAACAUUCCCCGAGGAAUACAAAUUACAGGCAAUCCAGAGCUAUUCGAGCUCUUUAAAGGUUGUUUUUGCGUUCAUUACAGGUCUGUCAGUUCUGUUAUGGCUCUUUUCCAUGCCCAUUAAACAAAAUCAGUUGGACGAAGAUAGCAAAGAAUUUGAGGAAUAA